AUGGCGACGCAACUUGAGGAGAAGCGGGAUGAGGAAGGAAGGGGAGAGCGAACUUCAGAAGAAAGGGGAGAGCGAACUUCAGAAGAAAGGGGAGAGCGAACUUCAGAAGAAAGGGAGAGCGAACUUCAGAAGGAAGGGGAGAGCGAACUUCAGAAGGAAGGGGAGAGCGAACUUCAGAAGGAAGGGAGAGCGAACUUCAGAAGGGGAGAGCGAACUUCAGAAGGAAGGGGAGAGCGAACUUCAGAAGGAAGGGGAGAGCAAACUUCAGAAGGAAGGGAGAGCGAACUUCAGAAGGAAAGGGAGAGCGAACUUCAGAAGGAAAGGGAGAGCGAACUUCAGAAGGAAGGGGAGAGCGAACUUCAGAAGGAAGGGGAGAGCGAACUUCAGAAGGGGAGAGAGUUGACAAGUGCUGGAGGUCACCUACAAAAAGUGUACGGUAGUGAGGAUGGGGAAAGGAAGAGAGUCGACCAGAAGGUUAAUAUACCACAACUAGAAAGUAACCACGAAUCAGAGAAGGGAGAUUUGGAAGUGGAUGUAACCUCAACACCAACACCGGAGGCUCACACAGGCAGGGUGACAUCAGGAGAAUACGGGACGCUGGUGAACAUUAGAACAUCAUUUAAAACCCGAAAUCAUGACUAUUUCAACGCAAUAUGCACAGCUUUUGUUAAACCAGCGGAAGGAACUAGACCACACAAGCCUGGAAGGCAGAAGAAACAGGUGGUCAGCAAGUGGAACGUGCUGAGAGAAGCUGUGCUCUCUCAGCUUGAGAGAAGCUCCACUAUCCACAGCUUCUUGGACCGAUUCAACAAAGAAUUUGAACGUCAGAAUUGUUAA